AUGCGUUUACUAUUGACAUGGAGCUAUUUUGGAAUGGUUAUUUAUUUUUCACUGGAUCUUCGCUUGAAAACGGUGUCGGGGCAGCUUUCUUACUCCGUGUCAGAGGAGGUCCACCCCGGAACUGCUGUUGGAAAUAUCGCAAAGGAUUUAAACCUAAACCCUCAGGAUUUGGAGUCCCGUAUGUUUCAAAUAGUUACCGGUUCAAAAAGGACAUUCUUUGAAGUAAAUCUGAAAACCGGAGUACUGUUAGUCAGUGAGAGAAUUGACCGAGAGCAGCUGUGCGCUAAAGAAAAUAAAUGUUCUCUGAACAUAGAAGCUGUUAUUAGUAAUCCUGUAAAGCUUUACCACAUUGAUGUAGAGGUUUUAGACGUCAAUGAUAAUGCCCCAGUCUUUAAAAACAAAAUUCAAAACCGAAAUAUUGCCGAGAAUACAUUGCCAGGUGUCAAAUUUGUGCUGUCUCAAGCCAGUGAUGGAGAUGUAGGUAAGAAUGGAGUCAGUAAUUACAAAUUAAGUCAAAAUGAUUAUUUUACUUUGGCGGUGCACAAAGCGGGAGGCGGAGUGUCUGCGGAGUUAGUCUUGCAGAAAGCUCUGGACAGAGAAAAGCAGGCCCUGAUCGCUAUGACUCUGACUGCUGUAGAUGGAGGGUCUCCACCAAGAUCGGGCACCUCCCAGCUGGUGGUUAAUGUUUUAGAUAUCAACGACAAUAUCCCGCUUUUUAGGGCAUCUUUGUAUAAGACAAAAAUUCAAGAAAACGCAGCUAUAGGUACCACGGUGAUUGCUGUAAAUGCUACCGACGCAGACGAUGGACUUAAUAGUGAGAUUGUGUAUGCUUUAGAAAACAGCGAUCAGCAACAAAUAACCGAUCUAUUUGAAAUAGGAAAUGAUAAUGGUGUAAUCAGGCUUAAAGGUACUCUAGACUAUGAAGAAAUAAAGGCUUUUGAGAUCCGUGUAGAGGCCAGUGAUAGAGGCAGCCCGCCAAUGUCAGCACACUGUAAGGUGCUUGUUGAAAUAGAGGACUUGAAUGACAACGCUCCAGAAAUCACCAUCACGUCUCUCCACAAGAGUGUGAGAGAGGACAUUGGUGUGGGCACAGUGGUCGCCCUAAUAUCAGUUGCCGAUAAAGAUAGUGGUAAAAAUGGCGAAGUUAUAAUCCAAAUUGAAAAUGAAGUUCCUCUGAAAUUAGAGCCAAACUAUAAAAACUAUUACUCACUGUUAGUUGACGGACCAAUGGACAGAGAAAGUGUGUCUUACUAUGACGUUACUUUUGUAGCAACUGAUAAAGGUAUGCCAUCACUCUCCAGCACAAGUGUAAUCACCAUUCACAUUUUAGAUGUUAAUGACAACGUGCCUGUCUUCAGUGAAAAUUUCAUCAAUAUAUAUGUAAGGGAAAAUGGUCAAACUGGUGAAAUCAUAAAAAGGGUAUCUGCACUUGAUGCUGAUAUUAAUCAAAACAGUCGCAUAGCUUAUUUUAUUAUACACAGCAGUUUAGAGUUAUCAGCCAUGGUUAACAUUAACCAAGAGACAGGGGACAUAAUGACUCUUCAGUCCUUUAACUUUGAGGAGCUCAAAACGUUUCAGUUUAAGGUCCAGGCCACAGACUCUGGUGUCCCUCCGCUCAGCAGCAACGUGACUGUGAACGUUUUUAUUCUGGAUGAAAAUGACAAUAGCCCCUCGAUCCUGGCGCCCUAUUCUGAGCACGGCUCCGUUAACAGUGAGAGCAUCCCCUAUUCCGCUGAAGCGGGCUACUUUGUGGCAAAGAUCAGGGCUGUAGACGCAGACUCUGGGUACAACGCGCUGCUUUCUUAUCACCUGUCUGAGCCCAAAGGGAACAACCUGUUCCGGAUCGGGACCAGCAGCGGAGAGAUCCGCACCAAGAGGAGGAUGAGUGACAAUGACCUGAAAAGUCACCCCUUGGUGGUGCUGGUGUGUGAUAACGGAGAGCCCUCCCUGUCCGCCACUGUGUCUAUUGAUGUAGUGGUGGUGGAGAGCACAGCGGACAUUCAGACUCAGUUCAGACAUGUGCCCAUAAAGGAGGAGAGCUUCUCGGAUUUAAACCUGUACCUGCUCAUCGCCAUUGUGGCGGUGUCAGUCAUCUUUCUGCUCAGUCUCAUCACGUUAAUAGCAGUCAGAUGUCACAGGACAGAGAGCUCUUUCAACAGGUACAGCGCCCCCAUGAUCACCACCCACCCUGACGGGAGCUGGUCCUACUCCAAAUCCACUCAGCAGUAUGACGUGUGCUUCAGCUCAGACACACUCAAGAGCGACGUAGUCGUUUUCCCCGCACCGUUUCCUCCUGUAGAUGCAGAACUGAUCAGUAUUAACGGAGGAGACACUUUCACCAGAACACAGACUUUACCAAUUAAGGUAAGUUCACUGAGCUGUCCGUGA